UUAUUCCAUCGUGCACAAAAACAAACAGAUUUAGAAGUGAUUUUUUUGGACUUGUCAUUCGUUAAGACUGGCUGAGAGAGAAGUGAUUUUUAUUUUGCGAUCCAUUUUUGUGCAGCAUAUUAAGUAGAAAUCUGCAUUUUCAAUUCAAUAGCUGUUUCUCUGUUGUUCGUCUAAGCACAGUAAAAUUCUACGUGUAAUAAAGUUUAGAACAUUAUUUGGACGAACAGAAAAAUAUACAUUAGCAAAUAUAUACGAAAAGUGGAAAGAUUAUAGUCAUGCCCAGCCAAAAGGUGAAUAAAGAUUUGCAGAAUGAACGUAAAAAGUGCACCUUCAAUCCUGAUGAAUUCACGCUAUGGUGGAUUGGUGGAGAGGCCAAACUUAAAGAAAAGCAUUUUCGAGAAAACUUCUUUUUAAGUGACCCAGAGUUUUCCGAUAAAACUCCCCUACAUUUCGCUUCGCAUAAGGAAAUAUACGAAGAGUCGGUCCGCAAAUCUACUGUAAUAUUCCGCAAGGUGAAAAAACUUCAAGAGCAAGGAAAGGAUGGAGUGGAUAAUUAUAUGGCCCUUCUGGGAGGAAUGUUGGGGUCUGGAAUCAUCCGUGAAGGAAAUCCAUUGGCGGUGCAUUUUGUAAUGUUCCUUCCAGCUAUACUGGGACACGGAACACCUGAACAGCAAGCAGAAUGGAUUGGGCGGGCAUGGAAUUGCAACAUAAUCGGCACCUAUGCGCAAACCGAAUUAGGACACGGUACAUUUAUAAGGGGUCUAGAGACAACUGCUACUUACGAUGAAAAAACCAACGAAAUAGUAAUCAACAGUCCUACGCUCUCUUCUUAUAAAUGGUGGCCAGGUGGAUUGGGCCAAACAGCGAACUACUGUAUAGUUAUAGCUCAACUAUACUCUAGAGGCCAAUGCCAUGGAAUUCAUCCGUUUAUAGUUCAAUUACGCGAUGAAGAAACCCAUAUGCCUCUACCUGGCAUUACAAUUGGGGAAAUUGGAAAUAAACUGGGUAUGAAUGGAGUAAAUAAUGGAUUUCUCGGUUUCAAGAAUGUUCGUAUUCCGCGUACAAAUAUGUUGAUGAAGAAUGCCCAACUUCAUGAAGAUGGAACUUUCGUAAAACCCCCGUCAUCAGUAUUGACCUAUGGAACAAUGAUGUUUGUUCGGGUUGUAAUCGUAUGGGAUGUAGCUAAUUACCUUUCGAAAGCAGUAACAAUCGCAACAAGAUAUUCAUGUGUGCGUCGACAAAGCGUUAUCAACCCUGAUGAGCCAGAAGUGCAAAUCAUUGACCAUGUGACGCAACAGUAUAAGUUAUUUCCAGCUAUCGCGAAGAGUAUUAUAUUCAAACUUACCUCCGAUAACUUAUGGGAUAUGUAUAAUCAAGUGACCUCUGAGUUGGAGAAAGGUGAUCUGGAAAGGUUGCCAGAAUUACAUGCCAUUGCUUGCUGUUUGAAAGCAGUUUGCUCGUCUGAUGCGGCACAAGGAGUCGAAAUUUGUCGUCUCGCUUGCGGUGGCCAUGGGUACAUGACAUGUGCUAACCUUUUUGGUACCUAUGGUAUGGUAACAGCUGCCUGCACGUACGAAGGUGAAAACACGGUACUUCUACUACAAACUGCGAGAUAUUUACUGAAAGUAUGGAACCAAGCCCAGAAGGGCCAGGAGCUAGUACCAACUGUGGAAUAUCUGAAGAGUUUUAUCACCAAUAAAAACAAACGUCAACCAUGGAGCGACUCGGUGCCUGGAAUCAUAAGAUGUUUGCAAACUGUUGCUGCAGGAAAACUUCGACUCGCGAAUGAACACAUCGAACAGCGAGAACAAGCUGGCUACACUCAAGAAGAAGCAGUCAAUUUGACAUCGUUAGAACUUGCACGAACGGCCGAUGCUCACUGUCGAGCUUUCCUGGUACAGUCGGGUUAUGAGAUGAUAGAGAAAGUAUGUGUUUCUAUUUCACCCGAGUUGGCACGUGUUUUGCGAGACAUUUACGAAUUAUACGCUUAUGACGAAUCCCUCAAAGCUGUUGGUGAUCUUUUAAGGUUUACCACCAUAUCGGACAGUGACAUUACACGAUUACAGCAAAAGUUGGAAGAUUCAUUGUCUGCCAUUCGCCCAAAUGCAAUUGGUAUCGUUGAUUCCUUCGAUAUUCCGGACGUAGUGCUUGGAUCUGCUCUCGGUGCGUACGAUGGGAAUGUGUACGAACGUUUAUUCGAAGAAGCUAAAAAGAGUCCCUUAAAUCAGGAACCAGUAAACAAAUCAUUCCAUUUGUACCUCAAACCAUUUAUGAAGUCUAAUUUAUAAGUUGCUCAAUUCUAGUGUAGAACAGAACAUGAUAUAAUACUUGACAAACACAUGGUGAUAGGUAAUUUGCUUACAUAUAUUAUAAUUAGAGCUAUCAGAUAAGACGGUUUACACGCACUGGUUUUCGUUAUGUACGUUAUAAACGAAUUUUAUAAAAAAAUAAAUGAUAUAGUUAUUUCUA